GUGGCUGAGGAAGCUGGAGGCGCCAGCGCUGUAGCGGAACAUCGCUACUCUCAAGUUUGGUGAAAUGUGCAAACCAAAGUUUGAGUUUUGUGCCAUGUGUGUCUAUAAAUUCGACGUAAAUGUUGUUGUGCGAUGCUGCACGUGAGGUGACUUGUCUUGUUGCUCGGAAGAUACUGUGUCAGCUGAAUAUUGCAGCGAGAGACAGUCAAUGUUUGCGGCAACCUGCUAGCAGUUUGCUAACUAUCCAUAAGCAGGCCGUAGAUGUUUGUCAAGUGCAUGCGAGUAAUUUUAUGAUUUCCGGUCCUGACUUUCAAGGUAAAGCGUUUAGUGACGAGAAAUCGAGUUAAACGAUGCAUAAUCCACUUGGUUACACUGACUGGUGCACAUAAGAGAUGCGUACAAUAUAUGCUUUUCGUUUUGGCUUGAAUAUUUUGCGUUUAGUCUUUUAUUUUGAAGUGGCGCUUGCCUCGUUUCCUACGUCUUUGCAGCAUUUUUGUUGUAAACGGGAUGUGGGUUCACGUUAGCAUCUUUGACAGGCGCGGCUAGCUAGCUGCCAGGCAUUAGACUUAUCCCGCUUAAUGACACAGCGCAAGAACAGCUCCAUGUAAGAUGAACAGUGAGGACAAGUUGGAGGGUAUGCUGCUCAAGUGCAGCAGUGGAGGAAUGGAUGGCGGAGGGAGGGUCGGACUGGUCAGUGGAGGAGGACUGGUGGUGAUGACCCUGGGUGAACGUUCACUGGUGAACCACCCUUUCUUGGCUGAGGACGAUGACGACGAUGAGGACGACGAUGACGACUUGACUGGAAGCUCGCUGGUCACUCAUGACCUGGUCCCUCCGGAGCAGCUGAUGAUGCAGGAGGAGACGAGAAAGAAUGGUGGUGGAGGAGAAGAGGAAGGAGGCGGCGAGGUGGGAGUACAUUUCCCCCUUACACUCAACAAUAAGUUGCCCUGCUUGCUUCAUAUGCCAUUUAACAUCAAGCAGGAGCUGAAGCUGUCUGAGCCGGCAUUUCUCAUGACGAAGGACAAAAAAGCAGCCAAGGACCUGAUGGUGUGUCCAAAAAAGAAGAAAAGGAAACAGCGUUCACCGGCAAAGGUCCAAAUUCUCAGCAUUGAUGAUGACGGAUCCUUGGGCAUACAGAAUCCCAAGUGUCACAUCUGUGUUCAUUGCAAUGCUGCAUUCAGAACCAACUAUCAUCUGCAGAGGCACGUCUUCAUUCACACUGGUGAGAAGCCAUUUCAGUGCAGCCAAUGUGACAUGCGCUUUAUUCAGAAAUAUCUUCUCCAGAGACAUGAGAAGAUCCAUACUGGUGAAAAGCCUUUUCGCUGCGAUGAGUGUGGAAUGAGAUUCAUCCAGAAAUAUCAUAUGGAGAGACACAAGAGAACUCACAGUGGAGAGAAACCAUACCAAUGUGACUACUGUCACCAGUAUUUCUCCCGAACAGACCGGGUUUUAAAGCACAGGCGGAUGUGUCAUGAGAACAGAGAGAGAAAGACCAACAGGGCUGCUGGAAAAGUCGGACCCUUGCGUGAAGUGGAUUCUUUAGGCCUCUCCCCUCCUGCAAGAGAGUGUUCACUGCCCAAGAAGAAGCGGCAGAAGUGUGCAGACAAGAGUUCAGGCUCUUCCACCGCUGCCCAGACAGAAGGGCAAGCUGUCACUGUCGCUGAAGCGGAGGAGGAGGAGGAGGAGGAGGAAGAGGAGGAGCAGCAGCAGGGACAGAAUAAAAUUGAAGGUCUACCUCUCUUCGCUGUGUCCUCCAAAGUCAAACACGAGUAUGUGAUCACUGACUACUCUGUGGCUCUGCCUGAAGAAACAGCUUGUCAUCACCAAGAAGAAGAAGAAGAAGAAGACGUGUCAUCAGAGGAGGUGACUCCUCCCAAGCUAGUGUUGAAAAAGGUCCCCAAGAGGAGUCUGAAACAGUCCAGUGAACAAACUCCUCCCUGUCUGUCCACUUUGUCUUCCUUUGAGGAAAAUGGCAAGGUCACACAGUACACCUUUGAAAUUGUUGACAAGCAAAGCCUGCUAGAAGUAGAAAGCAACACUGAACUCGAGUCAGUGGAAACUCUUCAGGCAGGACCAGCAAAGCCGGCAGCCAGCAGCACUAACUACGACGACGCCAUGCAGUUUCUCAAGAAGAAACGUUAUCUUCAGGCUGCCAUGGCCCAUAACAGUAGGGAGUUUAACCUGAACACGAGCAGCAUCUCCUCCCAGCCGGCUGUUUCACAGACUGUGGUGUCAGCGGUCAUUGAUGAAACGGUCCCGGCCACCAUUCUGGAGCCCCAACCACUCAGCACAGAGAUUAAAGCAACGCAUGACAAGAACGUGCUGCCGGAUGAGGUUCUUCAGACGCUGUUGGAGCAUUACUCCAACAAAGCUAAUGGACAGUCAGACAUUUCCUUUAGCGUGGCAGACACGGAGGUGACAUCGAGCAUAUCCAUCAAUUCCUCUGAUGUCUCAGACAGCAGUCCCGUGGAGAGUCUUGGAUCCUCCAGUGCCUCAGCUCCACCAGCGUCUGAGAAAGUCAGCCUCUUGCAUGAAUACUCCAAGUUUCUCCAGCAAGCACUGGAGAGGACCAGCCAGAAUGACAGCUACCUGACCAGUCAGAGCCUUAGCUUGGUCUCUGAAAACCCCACAUUAGCUGGACAGCCUCUGUUCUCCACAGAGAAACAGUUUCCUUCUCCCAGCAGGUUCAAAUCAGGGAUGAGCUCUCCGCUAAGGUCCACUUUAGAGAAACCUCAUUUUGGAUUACUGGUCGGGGACUCCCAGCACUCCUUUUCAUUUUCAGGUGACGAGACCACCUCUCCUUCCGCCGUGUCCCCGGCCGAGGAGGACUUCCUGGAGCAGGACUCAUCGCCCUCCAAAAAGACAGAAUCUUCACCAGGAAUACUGCAGACUUUUCAGAUAAGCUCCUUCGAUCAGAACUUCAAAACUAAUUUCCAGACUUCAAGAUCUGGAACCUCCUCACAAUUUACUGUAACCAACGGACAAGUAAGUCUUCGAGGACACAGCACAGACUUCACAGAGUUCCCCUUAGUCAGAGUCACUGAGACCAGGUCUCAACUGAACUCCUCCCCUGACGUGACAUCCGGUGAAACCUUUGGCUGAAGGGAAUGGGGGGUGGGGGCAAAAUUAAUUUCUGCUAAUAAUUUCAGCUGCACUUUAUCUCAUGUCUUCUGUUUUGCCAAAACAAGUCCCAUUCUAAAUGUGUGCUCUUUUUCACAGUAGUUUGUUAGAAAAAAAAAAAUCAUGUUCUGUAUUUUGUUUGUUUUUUUUUUGUUUCUUUUUAAGUUCAACCUUACAGACUGGACAAAGUAAAAGGUUAAAUAAUCUAGAGUCCCCCCUGAAAGAAAACAAAUAAUAAUGUAUUGUGUCUGGGCGGAUGUCUUGCUCCAGAAUGUAUACGUGAUGCGAUUAGGUGACAUAUGAUCCCUCAUACCUGUGACACUUACUUUUAUUUUGAAAAAAUCAGUUUGCCUUGCUCAAAAGAUGAUCAAAUGGAUGCUGCUUAAUGCAAUAUUUCCACGUAUUUAAUCAUAGGCCCUAUUUAUUAGUACUAUGCCUUUUUUUGCGCUCUUCUGUGGCGGCUUUUCCUCACUAAUGUAUCUGGAUCAAUUCAAGUUUCCUCUCAGAAAACAUCCUGUCCCAGCAUGUUAACUCCUGUUCCUUUGCUCACUGACGUAAGUGACUCUAUGUGAGAAAUUGAAUAUCACAUAAAAAGCGGGUGUUUUCACACAAUAUGUGUCAGGACAGCCUCAGAAAAGCUUUAAUUGAUGGUGUUCAUCACGUCUGCAAUUUAGUUUAUUUACCAUGCACAGAUUGGACCUCAUAUCUGAUUUCUGGGACGGCCAAAAAAAGAGAUUAACAUUCAAAAAUGAUCCUAACUGAAUGUCUGAUUAUUUUAUACAAAUAAGAGUGCAGUGUCAUCUGUGCAAUAAUAAAAGAUUGGGCUCGGUUAGCUUUUAAACGUUUUUCGUUCCCACUAAAAUGUGGGUAUCAAAACGCUGCAAACAUAAAAUGACUGCAGGAUAAUUCUUAUUUUCUUUUGGUAGUAGUAGUAGUAGUAGUGAAAUCACUUAACAAGAUUGUGCUUCAUAUUUGCACAACACGCACAUUCUUCACUACAAAGAAUGUGGUACUUUUGUCUCACAUUUGUGUGAGUUGCACAAUUCCUUUACUUAAAUGGCGAAACUGAGAUUUCGGACACUGACCACUUGGCGAUAAAAAGCCCUUGUGUCUGAUUUUUUUGUGAUAUGAAAUUACACACACAACGCUCUUUGCUUAAGACCCUUGAAGCUGCAGCUGACGUUCUGUUCAUCGCGGAGCAAGACAACCAUGUGAUGAGAAUCCUCUCUACCCACUGAAGGUCAAAAUUGUAUCGAGGCUUUUGUUUUUAGGAAAUCUACAUGUGGAAAAGGGUGCUUGGUUUUUCCAGUUUCGUUCGUUUUGCAUUUGUGCCUUUUAUUCUUUUUCCAAGCUUAUCCCUUUUAGGUUCUUUCUUUCUUUUCUUUUUUUACACAGCCGAUGCUCUAAGGUUACUUAUACAACUUGCACAAUUACAACAUACAUAAGCUAUAUCAACCAGUUCACGCUGUGAUUAGUUGAGAUCCGGGAGCGUCAUUCAGUUUUGCCCAUCAUGUUUGAUUAGUUUAGAAUUGAAGGAAUAAGAGUCUAAUCUUGAGCUGUUAUCUGUGGUUUGGGAGGAAACAUUUAAGUGGAUGUUUUUGAUAUUUGUAGUUAUUUCCGUAGUAUGCCACAUCUGCUAAGCAUUUUUAAAUGGUUGCGUAAAGUCCGUUCUGUACUUUAAUCACACGUCGACUGUUUUCUGUGUGUACAUUUGUGUCUUAGGUGCUUCUGUGUGUAUCACUGUUUAAUUCUGCGCCAUCAGACUUUGGGUUUGCUCCCUCGAGGCUCCCUCUUGUUACAUUUUUGCUGACAAUCAGGGACAGACGGCAUCUGUGUUAGAAUAAAAAAAAAAGAAGUAAUUUUCCCCUCAUUGAACAUUCCCUCUAGAACGUAUAGACAAAAAUGUCCUGCUGUAAAUACAUUGUAUAUUUUUAUGUUCUGAGACGUACUGUUAGAUCGCGUGAUAAUCGAGAGAGACGAGGCUUGUGCAAGAGACACUCUUUGUCAUUUAUUAGUUUCAACCAAUAGUCAUUUUCACUCACUAAGAUUUGUAUGUGUAUACAUCACCAACGUUAUCGAAGAAGAAUUGACACUUAAAACAGUUAUAUUGAUGAUUGGUUAAAGUGAUUUUUUUUUCUUUUUCUUGUUAAUGCAGUUGAUUGUGGAUUAUGAUGGGUUUUUACUGUACACAGCAUCCAGAAACUGUUCAUUUGAGUUAACCGUGAUACUCCUAGACCUAAAACUAUCCCCCUUUUCCUCUCAAAUAUUUAACCUCAUUAGUGGCUGUGAGCAACGUAAACUUGUCAGUUCAAGCAGAUUUUGGGUGGAAUAUUAUUUAAUAUUUGUAAAAGCACAGUGCAUGAGAGCAAUUCUGCUUUUGGGGGAAAUUGAAACCACCAAAAAGAAAUUGUUCAUUGCAACAGGAGAACAGUUCAAAUCUGUUAAUGGAGAUUCAUUAACUUUAUGAGCAGUACUAUGGUAUUUUUAUUUCAUUUUCUUUUAAUGAUCUAUUGUCAGAAACCUGGCCAUAAGUGUCCUUGUAUAAGCUAGAGAAGAAGAAAAAAAAUGUUUUGUGUAAAAAAAAAAAAAAAAGAAGAUCCGAAUUGUGAAUUUUUUGAUAAAAACUAUUUUUGAAACAUCAUCUAUUGCUACCCUCAUUUAUCUCUGUACAAGUCAUUUGUGUCAAGAUGUUUCAGACAGGAGUGUGACCUUUAACGGGCAUGCAUGGACUUUUUGGUGAACUUGAUGAGGAAGCCUCGCGUUUUCUCUUCCGUGAACUCGGGACAAGUGAGGUUCAUUUGCAUGGUCUCUAACGUGUUGGGUCGAGUGAACUUGUUUUAUGAAUAAUGUGCAGCUUUAAUUGUAGCUGAUUAAUGUCAGUCGAGUAACCUAUAUAAUUAGAUCUUUUUUGCAAUAUAUUAUGAUUUGUAAACAAUCAGAUUAAAUUGUGAUUUUUGA